UAACAGUUCAGGGCGUGAUCGCGUCCCCGUCCUUGGCGGAUUCUGUCGGGAAGCUGAACAUCGGCUUGACUUCAAUCUGAUCACUUUUCCAAACGGCACCAGAACCCGCCCGCCAACACAGCUGUGGCAGCUGAAGGCCAUUGUUAACCACCGCAGGCCACUUCCUUCCGGCAACAGCAUCGAGCACUGAUGUAGCGCGACACCAUACCUGGAUCUUAGAUCUGGCUGCUAGCUUGACAUUUUCCAUUUUUACCAUGCCUGAAACCUUGAUCGAGGCAAUACAUACUCGACUUUGCUAGCCAAGCUCCACCACCAUCCAAGGUUGAGUGAGAGUUUGAGGAGGGAGGCGGUGGAAGGUGGCAGGUGGCAGCAUCUCGACGUUCUUGGUGGACGUCUUGAUCUGCGCAGGCCGAAGAGCAAAGAUGACUUUUUCGCCCCUGGGUCUUAUUCGUGACCAAGGUCCAGGGAAAAAUAAGCCGCAAACCCAACUCUCCAGCCAACUGCGGCAUCCACCACUGACAACCGCGCCACUCGAGCAGCCACCCAGCGCAUAACAUCAAUAAUCGAGAGUGAUGGACUGACAACAAUCAAGAAGGAUGAGUCAUCAGAGGCCGCGAGCGAAUCGGGCCCGCCGGCAACACCAGAAUUUCAUCACCAGACACGAUCUCCUUCCUGGCGAGUUCCUCACCGAGGUUGCCCUGCUGACAAGGCAUGGACACGUAGUGAUGCUACCAAGAGCACUCAUCAGUCCUUGCUACCAACAAUCAUACAUACCUGCGGCAACUGAAGAGAUAUGGGACGGUGCAACCCAGCAACUGACUGCUGAAGAAGCCUCCUUUUCGACAGUGCGCUACUCUCCCAUGGGGCUGCUUUCCAGCAAUCGCUCACCGCGUACGUAGUACAAAAUUCCGCAAAUGUCGCCACAAUGGACUAUAAUGCGGUUUCCCAUUCUAGACCGUGAAUUGUGUCGCCAGAAGGGGGUGAGCACCAUCCCGGGGCGUCCGUUUAUCAUUUGGCGCAGCCAGUUCCUUUCCAGGCUCCUAACACCACGAACACCAUACGUUUUUGACGGGAGCAAUACGGCGGCAAUGGGUGAUCAGGGACAGAAUGCCGAUAUCCAGAGUGGCAUGGGGCGCAUGCCUUCGGUUUUCACCCAUGGAGGGGUGGAUUCGGACAACCAAGUUCGGAUGGAACGCACGCCUUCAGUUGUCGAACAGGGAGGGUUUGAUCUGAAUGGUCAGACUGAGAUAAGGAGCGUGUACUUUCGGUUGUCAACCCCGAGGGAAUUGCUCUAGAUGGUGGUGUUAACGUUGGCUUUAAUGCUGGACAGCAUCACGUACCAUCUGGCCGCGAGGCUGGACCAUGAGGGAUCACCUUGUCUGUUUGGCUCUGCCAGGAUCACUACCCACCAUGCUACUGUCGCGGCGUUGUGGUACUGCUGCUGUGCUGGGGCCGGGGGUGAUUGGAUGCUACAGAACCUUCUCACAUUGGAUGACACUGUGACGUUACCUGAUACUGUCGCGCAUUUUCACUUGUGGUUGGCUGGCUACUCCGCUUGUGUCCGCGUGGCAAUUGGUUAGCCGGAGUUGACUCAGUUCACGUCUCAAUUCGCGUCUGUUUUCUGGUUGAGCCCAGUCUCGACAUGGAUCAACCUCCAGGAUUUGGCUCCUUGGGUCAACCGUUUCGGAUUUCUGCGGGACACGGGCCGUUGGUCCAUUAUUCGAUGAUGAAGGGCCCGUUUUGGUAGAACCAAGGCCGCAAGAUUCGUUCAAGCGAGGGAAAUGUUUUGGUGAGAAGAAGAGUUUCGGAAAUGGAGAAUCUGCAUCAGCUGAGAGGAACGCAAAUCCACAUGGCUUUUCGUAUCCCUUUGUCAAAACGACAGUUUUCUGCUUGCAGCAACAAUUUCGUCUCCACACAGCGAAAUGAGAUA